AUGCAGUUGGAAGUAGACCCAAGAAGAGACUUCGACGGUCCAAAGAGUGUGAGAUAUACUUGCAACCUGCCAGAAAGAGGGAGGUUGUUGAUGCUAGACCUGAAGAUGGCAGUGAUGGUUUCAUCAGUUCUGAAGGCUCCAAGAAAAUGUUCUCAAGUUGAAGUGCUUUCUCAAGAUAGUGGCAUCAGAGGUUGCUGGUUCAGAGCUUUGAUCAUCAAAAGGCACAAAGAUAAGGUCAAAGUGCAAUAUCGAGAUAUCAAGGAUGCAACUAAUGAUGCAAAACAUCUGGAGGAGUGGAUUUUGGCAUCUCGAUUAGUUGUGCCGGACGAGUUAGUAAAUAUUGGAAGCAUUGUUGAUGCUUGGUGGUAUGAUGGAUGGUGGGAAGGCAUUGUGGUGAAGAAAAAAUUGGAGGAUGAGGUACAUGUUUAUUUCCCAGGGGAAAAGCGAGAGAUGAUCUUCAGUCGAGAUGACUUAAGGCAUUCACAAGAAUGGAUUGAAAAUGAGUGGAAAGAUAUCAAGGCCAAGCCAGAGGUGGCCCCAUUAUUAUCUGGGCUCAGAAGAAAGCCACGUGUUGAAAUAGCCUCUUAUAUUAAUCCUAAAGCCGCUCCAUACAUCAAUAGAGAUCUUGUUGAUACAAUUCAUAGAGAUGCAUUGCCUAUACAGAACCUAGUCGGAUGUGACGGCUCUAUGUUUUGCAGUGAUGAUGAGAAGAAGCCACAUAAGGUGGCAAGGGACCUCUCAAACGAUGGUUUGCUUACUCAGUUAAGGUGGAUGUCUUAUGGAAAGAGAAGACGUGGUAGGAACCCCCUUCACAAAGCCCAUUAUGGUGUUAAUAGUAGUGGGAAGUACUCGGCAAUGGGGACUUUAAAGAGAUUCUUUGCCCCAUCAUCCUUGAAAGUAGAUUCAGAAAAUUGUAAAUAUGCCAAAGAUGUUCUUUUUAGUUCGUCUGUUGCAUCUCCAGUGACAAGCUUGGUUAUGUCUAGGUGA